AUGGAUUCUCAACCUCCGGCGAACGAACCCUCUCCGUCGACGGCGCCAUCAAACGCCGGAGACCUAGUUCCUUUCUAUUCCAACUAUAUAUGGAAUCGUCUUGCUUCCUUGAUUCCUACUUCUAAUUCGAUUUUCCUCGGGAAAUUCUCCAAUCUCUAUCGCCAAACCAUCACCAAAAAACGACAUAUAUCCUUUCCUCUUCCUCUACCUUCUGACUUCCCAUGUUCAUCAACCAAUAUCUCGGUGGAUACGUCAAGGAUUUAUGUUGUUUUGGAGGAAAUUAUGGCUGAUGUCCUCUCAAACUUGCAUGAUAUCCAGAAGAGUUUAGAUUUUUGGCAAUCUAGAGCUGAGGGUUCUAAUGCCCGGAAAGCUUACUUCAUGAUUUUCGAGAGAGGACCAGCAGCUUUUGUGAAUGAGAGUACCAAGUUCGUGAGCAAAAGUCUCAGUGAGGAUUCUGCUAUGCAGCAUCUUUGUCAGUCAUCUUCAUCUCACAUGUCGGAUAGGAUGAGGGUCUUGAUGGAGUUAAGAUCUGCACUUGCUUCUUUUCUUGCUCAGCUUUAUGUUGAAUUGGAUAAAAGUGGUGAAGAUCUAUUGAAGAAUCCAGAAAAGUCACUGCCGUCAUUGUUGGCUGUUAUCGAUCGAUUGUUUUCGAACUUGGAGGGUUCUUUCACCCAUUUACAUGCUGCGCGUGAGUCUGAUUCUUCAAUUGAUGGAAGUUACCCAAUGCCUCUUGUAUUGGAUCCACUGCCUGAAGUUAAUGAAGAAGGAUCCCAGUGGACCGACUGUGAACUUACAGAUGCAAUCAACCUGGUUCAUAAGAAUUUGGAAAAACUUAACUCAUAUUUAUCAGUUAUGGUAGGCAAACAUAGAAAGCCAAGGAGGAUGACCCUGUACUGGGUCCGAUAUACAUGUGGUGCAGUUGGGCUUUCUGUCUUUUCUCUAUGGCUACUACGUCAUAGUAGUUUGAUGGGAAGUUCUGACAUUGACAAUUGGAUUCGUGAUGCAAAAGAAGCAACAAUGAGUUUCUUCAGUGAUCAUGUUGAGCAACCGAUGCUUGCCAUUAGGGAUGAGCUUUUUGAUACAUUCCGGAAAAGGCACAAGGGUGUCAUGGAAACUGAAGAAGUGCAGCUGACACAAGACUCACUCCAUAGAAUGCUGAGGAAUUUCUGCGAGCAGGCUACGCGUGAAAAGGUCCCAGAUGAUGCAUCUGAUCAGCAGAUGCUUGAAGUUGUUAUGAACCGGUAUGAAAAGGAACUUGUGCACCCUAUUCACAACCUCCUUAGCGGAGAGCUUGCCCGUGGUUUGCUUAUCCAGGUCCAGAAGCUUAAACUGGAUAUAGAAACAGCGAUGCUUGAACUGGAUCAGAUACUUCGUGCAAAUGAAAUAAACUUUGCCAUUCUAGCUGCAUUACCUGCGUUCUUUCUCAGCCUUGUUAUGCUCACAUUGCUUCGGACAUGGCUUAAACAGGAUAGCAGAGCUCAAGGAAGAGGAAGAAUUGCACGUAUUCAUAGAAGACUACUUGUCGUUGAAAUUGAAAAGAGAAUUAUGCAGUAUCAGAGCUACAUUGAACAAGGACGUGAUAAGGACGCAGAAACCGUAUUUGGUUUGCUGAUAUACAGCCUUGAGCGUUUGUACCGAGUUGUUGAGAAUCCUGCAAAAGCAAGCGGCGAGUGGGAUUUUGUGAAACAAGAUCUGAUCGAGUUAGGAAAGCCACAGCAGCAAACGUCCUACAAGCUAACGGUGACACAACGACUAGUUCGGGUUUAUGACUGCUUGCUUCCCACUUUGAAGCGACAAUAA